UUGACAGAGUCGAAACAAAGCAAAAUGCAGUUUGCCACCAGUUUUCUACUUAUUGCCCUGGCCUGUGCCUUCUCCAGUGCCUGGGCUUAUCCCCAGCCUAAUCCUCAGCAAAAGAAUCCUCCUAAUUUUAAUUUCACCCCGCCCCCAGAUCGUCGUCCCUUCCAACUGAAUGGCGGUGGUGGUGGCUCACCCAAGCAGGGCUUUGACUUGAACCUCAAUGCCCAGGCUCCUGUUUGGCAGAGUAACAAUGGACGCCACUCCUUGGAUGCCACUGGCCAGUAUGGCCAGCACUUGGGAGGACCCUAUGGCAACAGCCGUCCUCAGUGGGGAGCUGGUGGAGUCUAUACCUAUAGGUUCUGAAAAAAAGCUAAGCCCGAGCUACUUAAUACCUUUGUAAAUAUUAUAAAAUAAAUACAAUAUAUUCCCUCCAAGCAA